GCCAAUACAUCAAGGCCACGAAGGGCAUCGACAAGGCUGUCCAGACCUCAAAUUUCCACCAAGUGAGGGCUCCAUUCGGCAGGUUUCGAUUUCUUGUGUGCCGUCGCCUCUGUCUAGUUCAGGAACAGACCUGAUGAGCUGACGUGCAGACGUUAGUCCAUUAGAACCGGUGAAUCCUCAUCUAUUUGGUCUGAUUCCAAGUGGUUGAAGGCUCCCUUGACGCCGCUGCUGCAGCCAUCGCAACCAGUAUAUAGCAGCCUCAUCACCCACAUCAGCUAGCCAUCCAGCAACUCACUCGCUUUUUUCGUUAGCUCUUUUCAGUCCUUCGUUCCUUUGAAUAUUCAUCCAAGAUGAUCUUCCCUCUUCUAAUUGCUGGGUUCGCAGCAGUCUCUACCGCCCAGUCAAUAGUUUCCGUCUCCCCAUGUCAAGAGGUCACUGAGACCUUGACGGAAUGCCGGACCAGCUAUAGCGAGUUCGCCGCACCUACCGGAGUUAGCAUCCAAACAGCCAGCUUUACAACAACCUUCAAUUACAGCAUCUCCAUCACAAGUACCACUUACGAGACUGUGACUGUCACUCCUGCUGCGACCACCAACUUCAUUGGCGUCGUCAACGUUACCUCCACAUUCACUACAACCGUGACUUCUGUACCAGCCGCAACUACGAUCCCGUCGCCGAAGGGAUUCUUCCCGAUCAUCAACACCGGUAUUGCUGUGGCACCAACACCUACCCCAUCAGCAAUCGGCCGGCACCGACGUGCUUCGAUUGAGUCUCGCGCUGAACACCUCCAGAGGGUAAAGCGUCUUCCCGAGACCCCAGCUGGGAACACGGUUGGAUUCAUUGUUUUUGAAAAUGGCGAAGCUCAGAGUCUUAGGCGCACCUUCCCUGUAUUCGUCGAGUGCCACUACACAGUCAACAUAAACAGCACCGUGACCACAAUCGUUGCUGGUCCUCCUCAGACUGAAGUUCUGGUUCCUGCCACUGCUACUGCUGCUAGCACCUCAACGGUCAGCGUCACUGAGACUGUCAUCGAGAUCGACGCCCAACCCACCGAGUAUGCGGCUUGUCAGGCCAACAACGUUGUGAACAACGUCAUUGGUUUCGAUAACCAGCCCAUCUACUUCGAUCGCGUCAUCUACGCAAGCGACAUCGGCUUCCCCAUCGCCAACGUCCUGGUCGUUGACAUUCUUUCCCCCGUCGACUGCUGCAUCGCGUGUCAAAAGACGCCGUUCUGCGCCGGCUCCUUCUAUGCGCCUUCUGUCCCGGCCUGCUACCUGCAGCUGACCCAGGCACCGCCCUCGUCCUCUUCCUCUUCCUCAUUGCCCUCGCUCCCAUCCGCGACCCUGCUGCCGCCUUACCCCCUCGCCUCCGCCAACACAAGUCUGCCUUACCCCACCGCUUCUGGCGCCCCCUACCCCGCCGGCAACGACACUCUCGCGUACUUCCCCACCGCCACAGCCCUUGCAACCGGCUUCACGACCUUGACCCCUAUCGCAACGCCCAUCUCCGACCCCGAAGACGGCAUGAUGAGCAUUCUGCCCAUCUCCGCGGUGCCGACCACCGGCACUCUAGACAGCCCGGGCGCAGGCACCUGCGCCGUGGGCAGUUUGAGCUUGUAUCUGGGCAAGGUGUACGGGCAGGUUGGGUUCCCGCCCGGUGUGGCAUUGUGGGUCAGCAACGGGCCGUGUGGGCGCAUGGGUAUUGAUUUCGACGAAGCGGCGCCUGUCAAGCCGGAGGACUUGAAGCCCUUGGUUGCGCGGAGGUUUGUGGGCAGCACUUUGAUUUAAGCGGUGCCCGGGAGGUGCGGUUGAGUACUUGCAGGCACAGAGUGCGAGGUGACGGGGUGGUAUGGGUAAUGCACGGUGUCUGUACUGUAGACGCAUUGGAGGUUGUGGGGUCCUUGUCCAUGUCACUCGUUCAUGUUCUGGAAUUUGGUGCACGCGCUGUGGUUAGAUUCUCUUCGGAACAUAUCUUCUCGACCUGCGAAGGUCUUUCGCUGGAUACUUUGAUUGUAGAAAUUUUACGCUUUGCAUAUGACGUUUACCUAGCUU